AUGGAUUACACGGCACGCAGUGUGCGCAGUUUAUCUGACGCUGGUCACGACAUUAUCAAUAUCGACGAUGACGACGACGAUAUCCCCGCCGUAUGCUCCGCGCUUGAUGAUUUCAUCAUCGAAGAUGAAGAUGAUAACCUAUCGCUUCGAUCUGCGAGCCCAGAACUCCGCCCCAUAGAACCUACAUGGCGACGCAAUACGGCCCCUCGGUGGCCAGAAACCUACAUCGAUCACUGCACGCUGCUUAGUGAGAGAGCUAAGAAUCUUGGUCCAACUGCUUCCACAGUCCGAAUCGGCGACACAGUUGAGAUCCAUACACAGCAGCCUGCAGGACUUGUGGAAGAUGGAGACUUCAUGCGAGUGAUGAAGAUCAUCCAAAAUGUCUACUCUGGCGCCAUUAAGCUCCGUGGGCUAAUCUGCAGGAGGAACAAAUUCUUCGCACCCAUGCUUGACCCGAAGUUGAAUGAAGUCUCUAUAGUAACCACUAUAGACACGGAUGACCCUCGCCCGUAUCAUAUCCAGGGCCUUGAAGAGAUAUCCUUGGACGAGGCUUUCAGGAAGCGGAGACUCAAAGUCACUAAUGCUCCUUUUCCUAAGCUGUCGUACCGAGACCAUUCGCCAUUCGCUUCCCGCGGACCUGAUGGCAAGAAGAUCAAGAAGAUCGUAGAGGACAAUGACGUUCUUGUUUGUCGCUACUUCUUCGCGAAGGUCUACGGCAAAGGAGAAAGGAAUAGCGCUCGCAGAAUCCCCUACCAAGGAAUACUCCAGCACAUCACGCCCAUGGAAGCCGACGAUGGGGGAAAGAUUCUGACUGGUAGGUCCGCCGAACAUGUCGACCUUACCGAUAACGCCGACGAUGGGGAUAUCAUACUUAUGGAGCCUACCCGAUCCCUUCCACACGGCCCCAAUCGUGAACGUCAAUACACGUUCGGCGAUGCAUUCCAGGGUGGUGGAGGCGCAAGCUGUGCGGCCAAGCUGGCCGGGUUGAAAGUUGUUUGGGGAUUUGACCACGACAAGGCUGCCGUUGACACAGCGGCGCUCAAUUUUCCUCGAGCCCGAAUCUUCCAGUGCGAAGCAGCAGAUUUCCCAGCUGCAGCUGCAAGAUUCAAUGCCCGAUGCGAUAUCGUGCAUAUCUCCCUGCCAUGCCAGCCCUUCAGCAACGCAAACACCAACCCCAAUGCUAUCAAAGAUGAGAUCAACACAACCUGCGUAUUUGCCGUUACUGGCAUCAUCAGAACCGCCAGGCCAAGGAUCAUCACCCUGGAGGAGGCCGAUGGGCUGUUGACUCGAGAGAAACACAAAUAUUGGUUCGGCAAACUACUGGCCCUGAUACGUGAGGAGGGAUAUAGUGUUAAGUGGGCUAUUCAUAAUACGCUCGAGUACGACAUCUCCCAGCCGCGCAAGCGGUUAGUAUUGAUUGCUGCUGCGCCCGGCAUUCCCUUACCGAACAUGCCAAAGUCCACUCGCGGUAGACCUGGCUCUAACCUACCUGCCUACCUAACCGCCAGGGAGGCCAUCGGCAACAUCCCGAGGUCCGCGACUCACCACAAUCCGCACCUGGCAAGCCGCACCGACGGAGUUCCUUGGGACCCCGAUCGUCCUUUCAAGUCAACUAUCUUGACGAAGAACUCAUUGUGUCAUUGGGACGGUCGCCGCAAACUGACGCUCAGAGAGCUAGCAGGCAUUCAAGGGUUCCCACACACUUACGAGUUCACCGGCACGAAGACGGUCAUUGAGAAGCAGAUCGGAAAUGCUGUACCGCCGCCAUGGUUUAAGCUUGUCUUCGAGGAAUGCAUUAAGGUCCUUCGCAAGGUCGACAGGAUUCAAGGCCGAGGCGGAAGAGCGGACCCAAGGAGUGAAGGCAAUGAUGAUGAGGUCAACAUGUUCCGGGCUGCGUCAAGGACUCUUUCACCGGCGCCGCCGAUCUCGUCCCAGGCAUCGGGAAGCUCAAUCGAGAACGCCAUUUUCAUCGACAGCGAUGGAAAGAACAUCAUUGAGAUCGAUUGA